UCUAACGUAAGGCAGCUAGGCAGCGAUUUAGCGUUUGUAAUCUACAUUCGGUGGAUUUCUCUGUGUAUUCUGUUUUAAGCUGAAUAUUAUGGCUAAAAUAUACCAGUCUCUACGUUCAGUUUAAACUAGGUUUGCUGCAUGUGAUAUACAAGAAGAUGCCAUUCGAGGCAAAACGCUGUGGAGUGCAAUUCAAACCUCCUUCCAUAGUUGUAAUUUAUGAAGACAUGGAGACCAAAAUGCGAAAAAGAAUAAUACCUGUACGAAACUUCUCCCAGUACUCUGACUACAGUGUGGCAGCUGAAAGGCUCAAGAACCAUCCUCGGCACAGGGACUACUUAGAGACCGUGUCUCAGAAGCAGCUGGAGAAGCUUCACAUCAUCCUACGGGACCACAUGCAGGGCUUCACCCUGGAGCACAGCCUCACCUCGUUCCGCCUAGACCCCGAGGAAAACCUGAACAAACUGGACGAUGAGAAGCUGGCACGCAAGAAGGGACAAAUGGACGAACUGUUUGAGAAGAACCGGAGGCACAAAGACGACCCUGACUUUGUUUACGACUUGGAGGUCGAUUUCACGAAGAAUACCCAAGAAAAGUGCAGCUGGGAUGAGGAGUCAGAUGAUGGAUUUUGAAACUUUCUUCACCGAUGUUUUCAGUUAAAAAUGUAGGACUCAAGCCUACAGAGAGAUGACAAGAACAUGUGACACAGCUGAGGUUGACUACAAUGCUUUAUGUCCAUCUUAACACAAAUACAGUGGCAACAACUUCAGAAAAUAUCUUUUGACAUACAGUAAAGUGUAUUUUGAAAUGAUUCUGGCAUCGAAAAGACUUUUCUACAUGAUUAGAAGCAUGACUAGAUACCAUUAGAAAUAAAGAACAUUAAAAAACA